AUGAGCGAGGGAUUUCAACUUUUAGUUAAUAACGAUGGAACACAACUUCUAUUCAAUCCAAAUACAGGCAAAUAUUUUACUCUUGUAUCAAGUGGUUACAAUCCUGGAGUCGCUAGUCAUCAUUAUCAAGUGUUAAAUAUCAAUCAGCAUCACGAUGUUAAUUCAAUAACAUUACAUUAUGUCGAUCAAACCAAACACAAUGCUUCACAGGCGAGAGGAAAAAAUAUCAAUUCAAGUAAAUCAUCAAAUAAAGAAUCCAGUACAGCACCGUUACAAAAGACAUCAGAUCGACAACAAACAGAGCAAAAACAAGCUACCACAUGGCAGACUAGAACUCAUAAUAACACGCCACGUUCCGUAGAACAAGCAAGAACAACAACAGAACAUACCGUACACCACAGCUAA